CGGGUUGUAGUUUUGGAAUUGCCUUCAUGGGGAAAGGCAGGAAGCACCAGACAUGUGCUUUCACUCAGAAGCAAGAGAAAGUACUUACCCUGGACUUCAGCAGAGAACAAGCUGAAAAAUCAGAGUUCCCUGGAAACUGCCCUCCUCCUCACUUAGACUCAGUUGCAGGUGUAUGAACUGAAGCUUUUCGAACAUGAAGAUGAGGAUGGUGGGUUUCGGUUUCUUGGGACAUCCCCAAACAGAUAUGCAAGAAGGUCACACAGCAGAUUUUGAAGAGAUAACCAAUUUCAGGAGUGAAAAAGUGGUUGGAUCUGUGUCUUUGGAAAGAACCUGAGCCUUGAGUAAUUCAAGCUUAGCUCAACUCACAUUCCAGUGACCAUGCAGGGAUAAAGAUCACUGUGAGAGUGGGUACCUGAGGUACCGGGUCUCCUGCCUCAUUCCCCAUGAAUGCUGUGCAAUGUCCCGAGGGGCAGGAGCUACAAAAGCUGGGGAGCAGAGCCUGGGACAACCCCACCUACAGUGGCGCCCCCUCCCCGCGUGGGACACUGAGGAUCUGUACCGUCUCCAGUGUGGUGCCUCCUCAACCCCAACCCAAGAAGCCUGAAGAUGGACCCCAGGAGAAGGCACACAAGACCUUGGUGUCCAGUUGCUGCCUUCAGAUCUGUCGUGGCAUCAGAGGACUUUGGGAAACAACCUUGACUGAGAACACAGCUGAGAACCGGGAACUUUAUGUCAAGACCACCCUGCGGGAGAUUUUGGUGUACGUCGUGUUCCUGGUGGACAUCUGUUUCUUGACCUAUGGAAUGACAAACUCCAGCGCCUAUUACUACACCAAAGUGAUGUCUGAGCUCUUCUUACAUACCCCAUCAGACACUGGAGUCUCCUUGCAGGCCAUCAGCAGCAUGGCGGACUUCUGGGAUUUUGCCCAGGGCCCACUACUGGACAGUUUGUAUUGGACCAAAUGGUACAACAACCAGAGCCUGGGCCGCGGCUCCCACUCCUUCAUCUACUAUGAGAACCUGCUGCUGGGGGCUCCAAGGCUGCAGCAGCUGAGGGUCCGCAAUGACUCCUGAGUGGUGCACGAGGACUUCUGCGAGGACAUUCUGAGCUGCUACGACGUCUACUCCCCAGACAAGGAGGAGCAACUCCCCUUUGGGCUCCUCAAUGGCACAGCAUGGACCUACCACUCGCAGGAUGAGCUGGGGGGCUCCUCUCACUGGGGCCGGCUCACAAGCUACAGCAGAGGUGGCUACUACCUGGACCUUCCAGGAUCUCAACAGGCCAGUGCAGAGGCACUCAGGGACCUUCAGGAGGGCCUGUGGCUGGACAGGGGCAGUUGGGUGGUCUUCAUUGACUUCUCAGUCUACAAUGCCAACAUUAAUCUUUUCUGUGUUCUGAGACUGGUGGUGGAGUUUCCAGCUACAGGAGGUGCCAUCGCAUCCUGGCAAAUCCGCACAGUUAAGCUGAUCCACUAUGUCAGCAACUGGGACUUCUUUAUCAUUGGCUGUGAGAUCAUCUUCUGCAUCUUCAUCUUCUACUACGUAGUGGAGAAGAUCCUGGAGCUCCACAUCCACCGGCUUCGUUACCUCAGCAGCAUCUGGAACAUUCUGGACCUGGUGGUCAUCUUGCCCUCCAUUGUGGAUGUAGGCUUCCACAUAUUCCGAACCCUCGAGGUGAAUCGGCUGAUGGGGAAGCUUUUGCAGCAGCCAAACACGUAUGCUGACUUUGAGUUCCUCGCCUUCUGGCAGACACAGUACAACAACAUGAACGCCGUCAACCUCUUCUUUGCCUGGAUCAAGAUAUUCAAGUACAUCAGCUUCAAUAAGACCAUGAUCCAGCUCUCCUCCAGGCUGGCCCGCUGUGCCAAGGACAUCCUGGGCUUCGCCGUCAUGUUCUUCAUCGAGUUUUUCGCCUACGCCCAGCUGGGCUACCUGCUUUUUGGGACCCAAGUGGAAAGCUUCAACGCUUUCAUCAAGUCCAUUUUCACUCAGUUCCAGAUCAUCCUUGGGGAUUUUGACUACAAUGCUAUCGACAAUGCCAACCGCAUCCUGGGACCAGCCUACUUUGUCACCUAUGUCUUCUUUGUCUUCUUUGUGCUCCUGAAUAUGUUUCUGGCCAUCAUCAAUGACACAUACUCAGAGGUCAAGUAGGAGUUGGCUGGACAGAAGGAUGAGCUACAGCUUUCGGACCUCCUGAAACAGGGCUACAACAAGACCCUACUGAGGCUGCAUCUGAGGAAGGAGCAGGUUUCGGACGUGCAGAAGGUCCUGCAGGGUGGGGAGCAGGAGAUCCAGUUCAUGGAUUUCACCAACACCUUGAAGGAGCUGGGGCACAUAGAACAUGAGAUCACUGAGCUCACGGCUGCCUUCACCAGGUUUGGCCAAGAUGGGACUCACAUCCUGGAUGAGAAGGAGCAGGAACAAAUGCGACAGGACCUGGAGGAGGAAAGGGGGAGCCUGGUGGCCCUCAACGCUGAGACUGAGAACCUGCGCCGGUCCACUGUGAGUAGCCCACCAGGCGAGUCGAGUCCAGAGGCUGCCGAAGCAGGUGGCUGGGUUUCAGAAGAAGAAUUCUACAUGCUCACAAGGAGAGUUUUGCAGCUGGAGACUGUCCUGGAGGGAGUCAUGACCUAGGUUGAUGCCGUGGGCUCAAAGCUGACGAUGCUGGAGGAGAAAGGACAGCUGCCUCCCUCUCCAGGCAUGGGGAAACAAGGCAUUUGGGAGCACCUGCAGGCAGCCCCAGCUGUGACUCCAGCCCCCUGGGGACUCGAGGUCUUACUAGGCUAG